AUGUGUGCCCUGCAAGUGACUGGUCUCAAACCCGCUAACCCUAACCUGAAGGUGAUGCUAGCUUUAAUAGCUCCGAAUGAAGAGUUUGCCUAUAUGGUAGCUAAACCAAAAAGACAGAUCAAGUUCGUCGAGUCCGCAGUCAAGCUCCUACGUGAUUAUGGGUUUGACGGGCUCGAUCUAGACUGGGAGAUGUCAGCACUCGAAAACCCACGCAUAGACAAAUCAAAAUACUCAGGUCUUUGCAGGAGACUGAGAAACGCUUUCGAUCAAGAGUGUGAACAAUCUGGCAAAGAUCAAUUGAUGCUUACAGCUAGUGUCGGGACAAUCAAGGCUAACAUUGACGCCGUUUAUGAUAUUCCAGAAAUGAAAAAGCAUCUUGAUUUCUUUAAUCUUGUGACUGAUAACCUAUACCGAGAAUGGGAUUAUCCAAGUAACCAGACGUUCCAUCACAGCACACUAGACGACAGGCCUAAUGAUACAGAGAUAGAAAGUCAAUUUAACAUGAAAUGGGCUGCAAGGUACUGGGCGCAGCAGGGAGUUCCAAAGGCACAAAUCAACAUAGGACUAUCGUUUGAAGCUUACAGCUAUGUACUGGACAACUCAGCUAAUUUUAUUAUAGGUUCUGUAUAUAACAGACCUGGAGAUGCGGGGUUGUACACAGGUGUACAGGGAAGCCUGUCGUACUACGAGGUGUGUCUGUUGUUCGAACAAGGAGGCCAAUCUUACCGGGACUACUACAUACCUUACUACGUGGAUGGAGACUUGUGGGUGGCUUAUGAUGACGUACAGAGUAUGACAGAUAAGGUCGAAUGGCUCGUUCAAGAGGGAUACGGUGGCACAGUAGCGUGGGAGUUGUCUUUGGAUGAUUUCAACACAGUCUGUAACUCCUCCACCAGAAGGUUUCCUCUGGCAAAUCAGAUAAAAGACACACUCCAAGCGGCAGAACCAAAACCCAGUAAAUAUCGACGAGUAUGUACCUUUACCGUGUGGGAUGGAGACAGGCGGGGUAUUGGAGAGUUUACUCCCUGGGAUAUCAACCCCGACCUAUGUACACACAUUACAGUUAGCUACGCAACUGUCCGCCAUGACAGAUUGGCGCCAAUGUUCGUCCAGGAUUUAAAACUGUAUCGUCAAAUCAACAGAAUUAAAAACAACUACCCCCACAUAAAGACUAUUUUGUCUGUGGGUGGCUGGGAAAGUGGUAGUGCGGAAUUCUCCAAUAUGGUAUCAAAUCGACUCUCGAUGUUCACUUUUGUGAGGUCAGUUUUCAACUUCUUCCGCACUUACAACUUUGAUGGUCUUGAUCUGGCAUGGCAAUACCCAGCGCUGAGAACAGGUUCUCGCCCAGCCACAGAUCGACGUCUAUAUGGCGAGCUCAUCAGGAUGCUCCGAGGUGCAUUCGAUGCGGAAUGUUUGCGCUCUGGAAAGGAAAGGCUUAUUUUAACUGCAUCCGUAAGCCCGGAAAAACACGUCAUCGACGAAUCGUACGACACAGAAAGCAUGACUCGUAACCUGGAUUGGAUCAACGUAAUGGCAUACGGCAUGACUGGUUACUGGGAAGGGUAUACUGACCACCACAGUCGCUUGCGCGCGCGUCCUGGGAGCAGUGUUGGCAGCGCUCAACGUACAAUUGAAUGGGCGGCCAGUUACUGGACUAGUCUUGGCGCCGAAAAGAAGCAGCUGAAUAUUGGCCUGCCAACAUUCGGUGUCGGUUAUACUUUGGACGACCCUAACGAUAAUGCAAUAUAUGCCGGGGCUUGUGCGCCAUCCGAUCCAGGGCCAUAUACGAAUGUUGCUGGCUACCUAUCUAACUAUGAGAUUGGUCAGCUGAUAGAGAAUGGAGCGUUGACGUACCGGGAUGACGGCAUGCCGUAUAUUGUAUACGGUGAUCAGUGGAUUGCUUACGAUGACGUACAAAGUAUGACAGAAAAGGUGAGAUAUCGUUUGUAA